UCACUGGACAGCUUAGCUGUCACAACAAAUAUGGCUAUUUAGCAAAACGCUAGAAAAUAGUGAAAAUAUUAUCGAAAAAUUCGUAAAUAUACGCGUUGUUAAAUUUGUUUCGUGUUCUGCAAAGAAAACAGGUGUGAUUAGCGCGUACGGACUAGUGAAUUGCACAGCCAUUCCGAUCGGUGGCUUGUAAGAGAAUUCACUGUAACCGUGUGUGUAUUCCGUUUCUACUUCCUAUGAACUGACCCUCUUGUUGUACGCGAAGUGUUACGACGGAAGUAGCAGCAGCACCCGAAAACCACCAACAACAAAGCUAUCGAACCAGCAGUUUCACCUUCACGGGAGCCCGUGGUUUGAGUAGCUGUCCGCCGUGUUACAGUCCGUACAUUCAUUACCGUCCUGUCACUAACAAACCAAACCACCAGCGAUGAUUAAACUAUUCUCCCUCAAACAACAAAAGAAAGAUGGUGAAGCAACACCGAAGGCCGGAGGACAGAAAAAAACUUUCACUGCUGCACAGCUGCGAAUCACUAAAGAUAUCAAUGAACUAAACCUUCCGAAGACGUGUGCCACCGAGUUCCCGGACCCGGACGAUUUGCUGAAUUUCAAGCUCAUCAUCUGUCCGGAUGAGGGCUUCUAUAAGGGGGGUCGUUUCGUGUUCAACUUUAAGGUUGGACCGAACUACCCUCAUGAACCUCCGAAGGUCAAGUGUGAAACCCAGGUCUACCACCCAAACAUAGAUCUUGAGGGUAAUGUGUGCUUGAACAUUCUACGUGAAGACUGGAAACCGGUACUGACGAUCAACUCGAUCGUGUAUGGAUUGCAGUACUUGUUCUUGGAACCGAAUCCGGAGGAUCCACUCAAUCGGGAAGCUGCUGAAGUGUUGCAAACCAAUCGACGCCUGUUCGAGCACAACGUUUUCAAAGCGAUGCGCGGCAACUAUAUUGGCGCGACGUACUUCCAGCGCUGUCUCAAGUGAUAUAUAAAUUCGAAAUUAACCCUUACAUGUUGCGUUUAUUUAAUUAUUCUUACGAUUGGUGGGCGCUAUUAUAUAGAUUUUAAUUAUAAUUAAAAAUGCCACGAACAAGCAAGCAUGAUUGAGUGUCGAAAGCCCGGAAGGCGUUGAAGAGUCAAACCGGAGUGCAAACAAACCCUAAAUAUCCAGAACGUGAUCCAGAUUAUUCACUAAAUAGACCCAUACAUGCACCACAAUGCAACGAUAGUUACAAUAAAGCAAAUACAAGGAUCAGGAGCUACAGAAGAACACAAACACAAAACCCGGUCGUUUGCAUCGGAACGAAGCUGCAGGUUUGGCCUUGUAGAUUGUGAUGAAAUUUCUAUUUCGAUAGACGGAAGAGAGUGAGGAGUAAACUAUACAGGAACUGGAGAGAGAGCAACAUGUUUAGAUAGCGAAAAAGCGCAGGUUGCAGCUCAAAGCAAAUACAUUACACUGGAAAAUCUGUUCGAUGCUGAUGGUAAGUAGCUCGGAAAAAGAGAGGAAAACAGUAGAGAACAUAAACUUACACACAACGACAUUUGCAACACGUCUUAUCUGUACAUUAUCUGUCUGGCGGUUGCGUGCGUAUGUUUGUUCUACAGAAGACGGUACGCGUCGGAUGUUGCUUGAACGCCAACUGAUUUGCGUCCGUGAUGCACAGCUUGAAUCGGUCGAUCAAGGCACAAUUUCUUAAAGUUUAAUGAACGAUGGAUGAAUAUGCUCCCCCCAAAAAAAAAAAGAAGUGGACCUCUACGCAGAAGCAUUGGUAAAGGAAAUUGGUAUAUAGCUGGAGUUACUUUUUAGUAAUAAUAACGAAGAUUGUGUUCCACUCGCAUGCCUAGAGUUAGUGGCUAAACGUGAAGGAUAGUAUAGAGAUUCCAUUUGUCUAAAACAAAACACACACAAAAACACUUAGCAAAAGGCAGGACGUUUCGCAAUCCUCGUUAUACUCUUGAGUUUAUAGUGACUGCCAUUGUUGAGACUCUGCUCAGAAGCGAUCUGCAACAUUGCCAUUUGCCAAUCAUUUUAUCUAAAUUGGACAGCCUAGCACCUUACGCAAAACAAUAGAGAACAAUUAAUAGAACAUCAAAUCCGAUCGCUCCCAAAUGAAUGCAAAUAAAAUAAAAAAAAAAUCUUGGCAUAAACAAUAUAUAGGAUAAUGAACAAAAAAACAGAAAAUAAACGAUGAAAACAGGAGAUGAAUGUA